AUGUUGGCAAAGAUAUGGUUCUUGUUGGAGAGCUACUUGAAGAGCUACUUGGAAAGUCUCAAUGUACAUGCUCUUACACUAUCGACGAAACCUUUUGACCUUAGAUUUUUCCCAAUCAUGUUCCGCAGAACGAAGAUCUCAUCGAAUUCACCGUGUGCAGCGUGCAAGUUUUUAAGGAGAAAAUGCACGCAAGAGUGUGUGUUCGCACCGUACUUUCCACCGGAUCAGCCACAGCGGUUCGCCAACGUUCACAAGGUGUUCGGCGCUAGCAAUGUGGCGAAGCUACUCCAUGACCUCAACGUGUCACAGAGGGAGGAUGCUGUGAAUUCAUUGGCGUAUGAAGCUGAGGCCCGGUUGCGUGACCCGGUUUAUGGGUGUGUGGGUCUUAUAUCCAUUUUGCAGCAGCGGUUGAAGCAAGUUCAGAGUGACCUAUAUGUUGCUAAGAAAGAAUUAUCUACUUAUAUUGGUCCGACUGCACUUAUGCCUAUGAUUCAAACCGGUUAUGCCAACUCCUCGAGUGUGAAUUUGAUGCAGCAACACUAUAAUAUGGGUCCUAUGAUGGGUAUUAAUAUUCCUUCAGGGGUUGCUGCAGGCCCAUCUCAUGGUGGUGGUGGUGGUGGUGGUGGUGGUGGAAGUAGUGGUGGUGGGCAGUUAGUUAUCAGAGAUGCCCAACAACAACAGCAUUUGAUUGAGGCUCAACAGCUGGCGGCAUUGGCUGUCAGAGACGAACAGGAGAUGAUGAGGAACUGGGAACAACAGCAACAACAACAGCAGCAACAGUUCAUGAGGUUUAAUGGUAGCGGUGGUGGAUACGACGGAGCAGUGGUUGUUGGUGGUGGUGGUGGGUUUAAUCAGGUGGGAUCCUCAUCAGCUGUUACAUCUCCAUCUUUAGCUCUUGGAGCAGCUACAUUUGAUCCAAACGCGUACAAUCAGAUUCAACAACAACAACAACAACAACAACCGCAACAAGAUGAGUCAUUAGGGCAGUUGUUACUUCUUCAGCAGCCAGCAACACCACAGCAACAACAGGUACAUGGAGAACAUAAUCCGCAGCAUCAACCUCUUCUUCUUCACCAGCAACACCAUCAUCUUGAACAUAAUCCGCAGCAACAACCGCAACGGGCCGGAAGUGAAGAAGAGGAUAGGACUAUUGGCCCAGCUUGUUAGCUAACUAGAGAGAUUUUAAAAAAAAAAAAGCCCCAAUUUUGGAGUUGUUUUGCAUCUUUUGUUUUUGGUAUCGAUCAAUAGUUCCAAAAACCUCCAAUGUCUUGAACAAAUUUCAGUCCCAAGAUGAGUUGAUGCAUAUGAUUAAAUGCAAUAUCAUAGUAAUGUACAAGCAAGAGAUGACCAAUGAUAGUAGAAACAGAGGUGAAAAAAGAGAUCUCAGAGGACAAUAAACAUCUGAAUUUCUGAUUACAACCUUAUUAUUUUAUGUAAGUCCAUAGUUUCCUCUUGUUUGUCUCUUUUUUUUUUCUUUUUUUAAAUGGGUCGGUGUUUGGGGGAGAAGCAAUUGGGACGACCUUUCUUCACGAGGAGGUAUAUUCAAGAUCAAAAUGUAGGUUGCAAUUUAUAGUUUCUGUACCCUUUACUAAUUACUAUAAAUAUUGAGUACAGUGAUAUCGAUCUA